UGGCGGAAAGGACAUUACGCGGCAAUGACUGGCAAAGUGAAAACUGUCAAAAUCAAAUUGUAGCAGCAAUCGUCCGAAAUCAGAUGUUGACACUUUCUAAAUCUACAAUACAUGUACUGCAUUGAUAAUAGACGAUUUCGGAGUUCUGAACAGCGCAAGCGCGACAUUCCUAGAAGUGGCUUGAUUAUGUUGAAAUUCUUUCCAUUGUGAUCAAUUUGUUGAGCAAUGAAUGCCGCCCACACAGCGUUUCUGGCGACCCAGUCUGCAUCUGAUCCAAUAAUUCAGCAGAUAGAAUGGCUGAACCAGCGCUUCCAUCAGUACGUCCCUCCACUGUCGCAGCAGGCACCGCAGCAGCAAGUGGUGCAGUCUCCGUCGGUGCCAGACGAUGCCGCUGGGGUGGAGGAGGGGCUUCAUGAAACUGUGUGUGAGGAGGUGUUUUCAAGCUAUCCAUUCCGAGAAGUUGUUCCUGGUUGUCGCGCACAUCCUGGUGAUAUUGUCGAGGCUGGACCUCUCGCGGCACUGUCUCUACCAGCCGAGUUCUACCCAAUCACAGACAGCAUUCCCAGAGAUGUGGUUGUCAGUGGCAACCUCAGCAGUCUUCAGUUGGAGGGCAUUAUUCACGCAUGUCAGCGACAUCAGGUGAUUUUAGCCAAUGGGCAGAGAGCUGGAUUCUUCAUAGGAGAUGGCGCUGGUGUUGGCAAAGGGAGACAAAUUGCUGGCAUCAUUCUGGAUAACUUUGCUCGAGGUCGCACGAAACACGUCUGGUUUACUAUCUCCUCUGACCUGAUAGUCGACUCACGCAGGGACCUCACGGAUAUUGGUUGCUAUGUGAAGGUUAUCGACGGCUGUCAUGAGCUAGAUCGGGAAACCAGAGUGUUCGGAUUGCCGUCUGACUUCAAGGAGGGUGUUAUUUUCAGCACGUAUGCCACAUUGGUUUCAUCUGUACAGAAAGGAGGUUCGUUCAGCAGCACGAGAACGUCGCGACUACAGCAGCUGAUUAAGUGGUGCGGAGGGGAGGACUUUGAUGGAUGUCUCAUCUUCGAUGAAUGUCACAAAGCAAAAAACUUUAUACCUAAUAAAGAACACGCCAGUACAAAAGUAGCUCUUGCUGUCAGCUCUAUUCAGAGGAUGUUGCCUAAGGCUCGAGUUGUGUAUUGCAGUGCGACCGGGAUCACAGAUGUUAAAAAUAUGGCAUUCAUGGAGCGACUUGGGUUGUGGGGAGACGGAGCACCAUUCAAGUCAUUUCCACAUUUCUUAGAGUCCGUCCAACGCAAGGGAUUAGGAGUGUCUGAGAUGCUGGCGAUGGAAAUGAAAGCGUCCGGAAUGUACGUGUCACGUGGACUCAGCUUCAAACAGGCGGAGUUUGUCACUGUGGAGGCACCAUUAACGAAAGAACAAAUAAAAGUUUACAACCAAGCAACACAUGUGUGGAACGAGCUACGGAAAGCGCUGGACAGUGCGAUGUUACGUACUAACUGCAGCAACAACAGACUUUGGGCCCAGUUCUGGUCGUCACACCAACGUUUCUUCAAACAGUUGUGUAUGGGGAUGAAGGUACCGACGGUGGUGAAGGAAGCACAACAAGCCCUUGAUUCUGGAUGUUGUGUUGUCAUUGGCUUACAGACAACAGGAGAGGCUUCUCUAGUGUCAGAGUUGACAAAGAGCAAAGGCACUUUGAAAGGUUUCGUGUCUCUUUGUCGUGAAAUCUUAUCUCGUUUCAUACAGCAGUAUUUCCCUAUCAAGAUUGAAGGCGUAAAGGAAGUUGACCAACCGGAUGAUGAGUGGUCAGUCCAGGCUAAGAAAAUGUUACUGGCUUUUGCCAACAAAAUAGACCUACCCCACAGUCCUCUGGAUGAAAUGAUUGAUGAGCUGGGUGGACCUGAUGGGGUUUCUGAGAUGACGGGCCGUAAAGGGAGAAUCGUGCGACGUUCACAAAAGGAGAUUCCGGUUUAUGAAGUGAGAGGCCAGGAAUCCGACUCUUGCAUCGAGAGUUUGAACGUGAAAGAGAGAAAUAUGUUCAUGGAAGGGAAGAAACUGGUGGCCAUUAUAUCUGAUGCAGCCAGCACAGGAAUUUCUCUCCAUUCUGAUCUGAGAGUUGCUAAUCAGCGUCGACGUAUCCAUCUCACGGUAGAACUGGCAUGGAGUGCAGAUAAGGCGGUGCAGCAGUUAGGGCGGUCCCACAGAUCCAACCAGUCAUGUGGUCCUCUCUACAAACUGCUCACCACCGAUCUCGGGGGAGAAAGACGAUUCGCCGCAGCAGUCGCUAGAAGACUACAGUCUCUUGGUGCGCUAACGAAGGGAGAUCGACGAGCAGCGACCGGGGCCGAUCUUACAGAGUUCAACUUUGACACGCCUUAUGGACGCAGUGCUUUAAGAACCAUGUACUACUCUAUAUGUCAGAAAAAGUGCAUCCCCGGUGUGGACCUGGACGUAGUAACAAACAGCAAGUAUGAGUUUGAGGAGUUCAACUCGAUCAUGCAGGAGUGUCUGGUGCUGAUGGGUCUGGUUGAGGUUGACACGCUGAGAUCAGGUGCCCAGGUCAAGGAGAAAGAUACUGGAAAUGUCAGCAUGUUCCUGAACCGGAUUCUCGGACUUAGCGUGGAGAAGCAAAAUCUAAUUUUCAGCUAUUUCACAGAGUGUUUAAAUGUCACAGUGGAAGGAGCCAAAAAGGAGGGAAGAUACAAUGAAGGAAUGCUAGAUAUAACUGCAUCGUCAGUGAACAUGAUCGGAAAACCUAAACAGGUGUUUAAGAAUUUCACUAAAGGCAGUGGACCCACAAAGUCUGUUCUCCUGAACGUGGACCGCGGCAUGAGCUGGGAUGCCGCGAUGGUGAGGAUGGACAACCACAGCGGCAGGCUCAACGGAUUCUACAUCUCCAAGCGGGAGAUGUGGGGACGGAAACGUUACAUCCUGGCUACUCAGAAAGAAAACUCCACUCAUCUCUUCAAGAUAGCGAGGCCAAACACUGGACUGUCACCGCUAGAUGAAGAGAAGACCGACCUGUUACACAAAUACUUGAUAAUUACACCAGAGAAAGCAGAGGAAGGCUGGAAGUGUCAGUAUGAAGAGAGUCAUGACGGAUGUCUGCACGGGAAGUCCUGCCGAAAUAAAGGCGUCUGCACUGUUGGCAGUCGGUGCUACAAGCUACAUCUGUUGUGUGGAAAUAACGUCACACUGAUGUCGGUCUUAGAAACGGCAAUCAACAAAUCAGCGGCUAAAUUCGGUCUCAGUAAGUACGAGAGUCAGCUGAGAGUGGUGCGAGUUGAACUUGAUGGCGGAGAGAGAGUUGUUGGAAUCCGGUUCCCGGAAAUUCUCAUCCCGGAGGUGGAGAGGCUUCUCAAGGAACACGAGAUUGUGAAACAGGCAACACUGCCAAGUCUGUCCCAAACUCCAAGUCUUGAUCCAACUCCUGUGACAGAAAUACAGAAAACAUCAUCGUCCAACAACCACACCACCGAAGAGGUGACUUCCAUCAACGACAAAUGUCUGACGCGUGCAAUAAACCCUCCUGUGACAAUUAGAAACUUUUUCAAACCUCGCUCGAAAGUUGAUGGAGCCGUGAAGACAAAUAAUACUCAAAAAACACCUGUUGUAGACUUGCUUGAUUCCAGUGACAGAAUCUCCAACACACUGGAAGACAGUUCAAAAAAUACCUCACCUUCGAAAGACAGUUCUACAAAUUCUGCAGGCAGUGCUAAGAUUUCCCGAAAAAGGUCAUUAGUGGAUUCGUCAGUGGAUAUGCCGCGUCCGUUAGCUAAACGUUCGAAGCAGCAGUGUUCCUUGUUAAACUCCUUCUCAAAACAGUCUGCCAAAGAGGUGUCCAAGAAGGUGCCAUCUUGUCCCGUAUGUGCCAAAAUGUUCAAUACGGAUACCUCCAAUGAAGAGAUCAACUCACACAUCGACAGCUGUCUUAUUGAGUGACACUUGUGAAUGAUAUUUGUGAAGAUCACAUUUUAACUGUCUUUCUGACUUGAAUGAUCUGGCUUGGUGCUUAUAAAACUUUUAGAGACUAAUAGAGUCUGAGACACUAAUGUCGUGACAUUGCCAUACAAAUUGUAUGUGCGUGAUGUCAUUAGAGAUUAAGUCUGUUUUAUAGGCACGGGCCCAGGUGUGAAUGAUGUUUGUGAAGAUUACAAGAUUUUAGCUGUGUUUCUGACUUUUUCUCCAAAUUUAAAUAUUUGCAGGUAUCACACUGAAAUGAUGUUUUUAAUAUAAUAGCUAAUUUUGGUAUUAUUUUCAAUAUUUUCUUGAAAAUGGAUUCAAAGUGUUCUAUUUAAAUAAUAUUUGAUUAGCCAUGAAGCCACUUUGUAUAAAAAUUUGCUAUUGCCUAAUUAGGUAGUGGAUAGGAUGAGUCCUGUCUUUG